GCAGCGGCUGCCCUCAGCCGGGGCGACUACAGAGCCUUCGGCGCCUCAUGGUGGAGAGUCACCACUCCCUCAGGGAUGACUACGAGGUGAGCUGCCCGGAGCUGGACCAGCUGGUGCAGCCCGCGCUGUCUGCGCCCGGGGUUUAUGGCAGCCGCAUGAUGGGUGGUGGCUUUGGUGGCUGCACGGUGACUUUGCUCGAGGCUUCCGCUGCUCCCCAGGCCAUGCAGCACAUCCAGGCACAGUAUAGCGGUACCGCCACCUUCUACCUCUCCCAGGCCGCCGACGGUGCCCAGGUGCUGCCCUUGUGAGCUCCCCUGGGGUGGCCCACGCGGGCAGGGCCUGCCGGGCAGCAAGCAGGAAGCUCCGUGCCGCUGGCGCCUGCCCUCCGCACCUGAGCGCUCAAUAAACUUGUGC